UUGACAACCAGAACCUCGACGGUGACUUCGCCAACACGGGCAAAGUCAUUCACCCGGCCAUGCAGGGCGGCUCAAGCUCGAGCGUAAACGCCUUGACGGCAUUCACAUUGAUCGCUCUGUAUGAAGUACAGAGAGCUGAGAUACUGACGGAGCAGGCGACAAUUACACGAUUAAACGACGCAUGCUGUCAAUGCUGCUACGUUCCUCGUUAGAAACAUUCCCUCCAUGACGACCGACUACGAGAAAGCCAUCAGCGCGUACGCUCUCGUCAGAAACAAUGUCAACCACGCCGACUUCUUGCUGAAUUCACUGGAGUCAAGCGGGAACAAGACCUCUGAUAGAGACGGAACGUAUUGGAAGAACACAGGCUCCAACUCCUUAGAGACUGAAACCACGGCGUACGUACUCCUCACCUACAGCGUCAAGAACGACACAGUCAAAGGCCUGCCCGUCCUCCAGUGGCUUGUGAAACAACGCAACGCCUACGGAGGAUUCUAUUCCUCUCAAGACACGGUUGUUGGCCUCCAAGCCUUGACGGAGUUUGCCAAACUCAUCUACUCGAAGGUUGUUGACCUGACGUUGGCAAUAAAGAGCAAGACAGGCGGAGUAGAGAAAGUGGAAUCGAUGCUGACUCUAAAUUCUGCAAACCACGACGUGCUCCAAUUUGUUGAGUUCGCGAACAAGGUUGAUGAGGUUAUAGUACAAGCAAACGGAUCUGGGCUUGCUCUUGUGGACAUAAACCAGUUCUACAAUGUGAAACAAGACGAGAAGCCUCCGAAGUAUAUCCUCAAUGUCACUACAUUGGAGGAACAGGCAAACAGCUACACUGCCAAAGUGUGCGCAGCGUUCAAUAUUCCAAACAGUAAAAGCAACUUAGCAAUUAUUGACGUAGGAGUUGUUUCCGGCUUUGAGCCUUGGCUUGACCAAGUCGCUGUGUCAGGAAACCUGAAGCGGAAGGAAGAGGCCAAUGGGAGACUUAUCCUUUACUAUGAUGAAAUUCCAUCUGAAGAGGUGUGUGUAUAUGUACCUGCUAGGCGUAUCUCGGCGGUGUCUGGUGUGAAGCCCGCGACAGUAGUCGUCUAUUCGUACUAUAACCCCAACGAGCGGGCAAUGAAGGAGUAUCUCCCCUCCAACCUGCAAAGUGAAGGAGUGUGCACAUCAUGUCCGAACUGCUGUUCCGCAGCGAACACUGUUCCUCUAGCGAACUGCGGAAUUAUGCCAUAAUAGAGGCCGUCAACAAGAUAACCAGUUGAUGCAUUUUCUGCUUCAACACAAUAUCGUUGUCAGAAUAGUCAGUUUAAGUGUACUCAGUUUCACAUUGCGACAUUAAUCAUGUAAAUGCAGCGCAUGUUCCAUAAACUUGUACUUACCCGUACUUUGAACAUUGCCAUUAUUAUAUAGUUUAUUUCUGUUGAGUUUUCUGUUUGUGUCUGUAGCUAUAAUCCCUUUGUAUCCGUAUGAUACUUUUAUUUAAUAAAGUAACACAAAUGCC